CAUCGAGUAAAUCAACAGCCUUGUCAUUAUGUCCCUUCUACCCCUCAAUCCCCGGGACAUUGCUCUUCAUUGAGUAUUCACUGCUCUUCUGCCUAACUCUUCGGUGUGGCUUAGCGUCUCAAGUCCUACAAGAACCCUCCUUCCGGUCAGUUCCUCCAUCCAUAAACCUCCCUUUCAGUCGCAGCGCUUCAAGCAUUCUCUCUCCAGAAUCAUGGAACGACUGCAGCAAAUCGUAGCACAUCUCCAACCCUCCAAUCUCUCCACAGAGUCCAUCCUCAACACCUCCCAAGGACUCGCCAAUUAUGUGGUGGACCAAGCAUCCCAGGUAGACUGGACCAAUCUUCCGAACCAAACCGCACAAUAUGUUUCCGAGAACCCGAAAAGCGUUCUCUGGGGAGCGGUGCAAGUUGGGACCUUUUUCUGCCCCGGCAUGGUCACUGGGCCUCUUAUGCACGCCGCUGGGUUUACGAGCGCCGGACCCGCUGCUGGCUCAGUGGCUUCAUGGGCGCACAGCCACAUAGCACCUAUUGCUGGACAGGGGGUCUUCGCGCAUGUUCAGAGCGCUGCCAUGAAUGGGUACGGACGCGCUGUCGUCGAGGGCGCAGCUCGAGGUAUGGUUUUAGCGCCACGAGCUGUGGCCGGGGCAUGGAAAUACUUUCGGGGGUAAAAAAAAUUUUUAUCAACCAAGGGUGUCUCUGUGUCAAAGCGAUGGGUGAUUUUAUGAGCUUUAAUAGUAAACCUGGAGGUUGUUUGAAGCGGGUCACAGGGAAUGGUUUCUACUGAGUACGGGACCAGGCGAGAUCGAUGACGGUUACGGGCAAUAUAUGUUUUUACCUAGAACCAUG